CUUCACUCUCAUCCUAGAAAACAAACCUUCUCUCUCUCUCUCUCUUUACCCUCCACAACCGCCGCCUCCACCGCCCAACUUCUCUCUCUUCUCGCCGCCAUGGCUUUGGAAGCCCUCAGCUCCCCCACCACUCCCUCCCCGCCCUUCCACUUCAUGAAGGACUCCUCCUCCUCCGCCUACGACCUCCACUUCGCCGAGCCCUGGGCCAAGCGCAAGCGCUCCAAGCGCACCCACAACCCUCCCACCGAGGAGGAGUACCUCGCCCUCUGCCUCGUCAUGCUCGCCCGCAGCCGCCCCGUCAGGAACUCCUCCUCCUCCACCACCACCUCCGCAGCCGGCCACCCGCCUCCUCUCCCCUCCGAGCCCAAGGCGACCUACAAGUGCCCCGUCUGCGACAAGGCCUUCUCCUCUUACCAGGCCCUGGGCGGCCACAAGGCCAGCCACCGCAAGCUCGCGUCCCCGGCCAACGGCGUCGUAUGCGGGAGCGGGGACGAGCAGCCGACCACCUCGACCUCCACGGCCACGACCUCCUCCGGGAAGACCCACGAGUGCUCGAUCUGCCACAAGAGCUUCCCCUCCGGCCAGGCCCUCGGCGGGCACAAGCGAUGCCACUACGAGGCCCCCGCCCGCCCCCUCGCCCCCGCCCCCGCCCCCGCCCCGGCCACCAGCGGGGUGAGCGUCUCGGAGGGCGUGGGUUCCACGCACACGCUGAGCCAGGGGCACCGCGAGUUCGAUCUGAACAUCCCGGCGCUGCCGGAGUUCUCCCCAAGGUUCGUGGUCUCCGGCGCCGACGACGAGGUGGAGAGCCCGCACCCUUCCAAGAAGGCCCGGUUCUUGGCGCAGCCGGUGAAGAUGGAAGCGGCGUGAAAUGGGUCGAAUCGGAAACCCACGGAAAACAGAAAACCGGAUCGGCAAAACGGAAUUCGAUAGAUUUUCAGAUAGAAUUUACGGAAUUUACUAGAAACGAUUUGUUUGUUUUUUUUUUUUUAAUGGUUCGUCUUUUCUUGUUGGUUGUGUGAUGGGGAGAGAGUUCUUGGUGGGUGGGAGGUGUACAUAGUACAUACAGCUUCCACCACGGGGGAGUUGCUUAGUUGUUUCAGUCGGUGACGUAGGCGAUGUCAAUUCAUUGAUUGGUUGGAAUUCAAUUCAUUCGAUUUCU